AUGAGCGAAAGCGUCAAAAGCUGGCUCUUCGCCCAUUGUGCGACGCAAGCCACUAGCGGACUGGAAGGCAACUUCGACCUGCUCGACAUGCCUUACCUUGCAGGCAACCGGGUGCAGCUGCUGCGCUUUCUCACGUUUCGCCCCGCCUCUGCGCCUAACUCGAGCAACACCGACGUCUGGGCGCUCGUCGGCGAUCGGACGCACUGCAUCGCCGCCCGUUUCGCUCGCGACCAGGUGCAUCGCUUCCACACGGACUACGCGCUGACGUUCACCUCGCUCAAAGGCGCUCUGGUGACGCUGACCAACUUCCGGGUCGGUGUGGCGCGCGUUCAGGUGCAAGGUGAAGGCGGCGCACCGUACCGAGCGGGUCAGUAUGCGUUGAUGCUCGACGUCAAAGGGUGGGAGGUGGUCAGCAGUGUCAACGAGCCCGUGUGGUUUGGCGGCGUGAAGCUGGUCACCAGCCAGAAUGGCGUGCCGGAGGGCGAGGCGCAGAGGUUCAGUGUGAUGCUCAGGUGGAUGAAGAAGUGGAUACGGUACAAGAGCUUGGUCAGACGGGCGAGGGAGCAGCAGAAGCAGCGCCCACAUGCUAGCGCAACGAUCGAUGCAUCAUCAUCGUCGGCGGUAAAACUGCCAACACCUGCACAGCGAAAAACGAUCCUCUCCUCCUCCCAGACACAAAACACUCACGCUCCACGGCCACCGCAGGAAACCAGCAAAGUGACGCAAGGCGGAACUUUCCCACUCUCCACUGCCUCCCCUACACCUGCACAGUGCAGCGACUCGAAUGCAACAGCCUCAGCAGCAGCGUUAUGGACCGACUUUGACCUAGACGCACAGAUCGACGUGGACGAUAUUGACGUCGCCAAAGCGUGGGGGCUUGUACCCUCCGCACCGACAGCAGCUGCAGAUCCUACUCCACCAGUAGCACCUAGGCAGACUGCACCGCCGCAAGAAGCAGCGCCGGCUUCAUCGACGCUGCAACAAGCCACGGCGUCUCAAUCGCAAACCCAAUCCCAGACACAAUCUGACCUGGACCCAUACGAAUCCGGCUUGUCGGACUACGAACGGGAAUCUAGACAGAAACGCAAGCGCGCCACGCAGUCACGCGAGCUUCUGACAAGCGCUGACCGCACGCCAUCGGAUCCGCAGCGGACGGAGGAGGCUGUGGAAUCACCAGCGCCGGCAUCGUCGCGUGGGAAGGGUCUAGAGUAUGCCGUCGAACUGCCACGUGUCGAUCCGAGGGUCUCUGCGCUAGAUGAAGCAGCUGAGGCCAAUGAAGCAGCAGUAGAACAAGAGCAAGCUUCGGAAACGAGCGUACCGGCAUCAGCACCAGCAAGAGCAUCGCCAUCGACAGCAGUAGCGCCAGCACCACGCGCAGCACCACCAGCAUCAUCCGCUUCUACCAAGUCUUCAUCCAGUAGCACCCACAAGCAGCAGCGCAAGCGCCAACGACGUCAAGCUGCAUUGGCUGCCCUGAUGGCGCAGGUGGUCGAUUAG